AUGAUUCAUUGUUUAAAAAAUAUAAAGAAAAUAAAUAUCCAUAAUUAAAUUGUCUAUAAUUUAGGAGGAAGUAAGAGAUAACCUACUCCUAAAGAUUUGGACUCCUAUGAUGUUGUGUGGGUCGGUUCAAAUCUUGGUGGUAUUUGCAGUUCGCAUACUGAUAAAGCUGCACACGGCAAAUUUAAAAUGUUUGUUUGCUUUGAUUCACCUGUAAAUCAAAUUUAUCCAGUCCGCAUGGUUUAUGAAUAAUAACAUGUCAAAAAAAGUGACUAUGUAUAGUUUUCUAAACUCGCAAUUAACUAAUUUACUCCUUCAGAAUUAAGUUCAGUUAAAUAAAUAUUACCUGAUGAGAAUGCAAUUAUAUUACAAAAUGGCAGAAGAAUCGGCUAUAAUCAUUUAGUUUUAGCUACAGGAAUGAGACAUGAUACUUAGUAAAUAAAAGGAUUUUGGGAUGCUUUAGAACAUCCUACUCAUCCUGUGUAUUCUAAUAGAGACCCUGAAUCGUGGAGAGCUAAUAAUCAUAAAUAUUCAAAAUACGUUACCAAUUAUAAACAUGGUAAUGGAUUUUUCUGUAUUCCCUAAUAUCCUUAUGCAGGUGAAGUAGAAUGUUUCAAUUUCUUCAUUUCUGAUGAAAUUUGGAAAUGGGCUUCUUGCAAUGGUGCUCUUUCUCCUAAACAUAAUUUCACUAUUAUGAAUGCAAAUGAAAAAUUCGUUCAUUAUUGCGAUUCAGCAGACGAUUUCAUAAAAUCAGAACUUUAAAAAAAAGGAGUCAAUGUUGAAUAUAAUUAAAAAUUAGUUGAAAUAUCAAAGGAUAAUUAAAUGGCUACAUUCUAAAAUUUAAAAACAGGAGAAACAACUGUAAGAGAAUAUUAAAAUUUGUAUUCAAUAAUGCCUACUAAACCUAAUGAACCUUUAGUUAAUGCUGGAUUAACAAACUCUAAUGGACUUUUAGAUGUUAAUCAUGAAACUUUACAACACAAUAAAUAUAAAAAUAUUUUUGGUCUUGGAGAUUGUUGUGAUCUUCCUACUACUAAAACAUUCUGGGCUGGGUGGUAUUAAAUUGCAGUCGUAAGAAAUAACUUGAUUAGAUCAUUAUAAGGAUAAUCUUUAAAUGCUCAUUAUGAUGGCUUCUCUAAGGUUCCUUUAUUCACUGGAAAUAGUUCUCUUACUUAUAUUGCUCAUUACUAUGGAGGUGUUGGAAAUUGGUAACAUCUUGCACAUAAAAAUGGAGGUCCUAUUGCUUCUAGAAGAUACUCUUAUUGGGCUAAUAAAUAAGCAUCUAAAUUCCUUAAUUAUUAUCUUGGCCAAGAUUAUGGUCCACCUUAUCAUAAAUUUAUGAAAAAAUUCCCUGUACCUGCAGAAGAGAAAGAUAGUUCGGAAGGACUUUUAAAUAAAUAUUUCCCAUUAAAGUCAAGUCAUUGA